CUGUAGCAGAGAUCACCAAUGCUUGCUUUGAGCCAGCCAACCAGAUGGUGAAAUGUGACCCUGCCCAUGGUAAAUACAUGGCCUGCUGCCUGUUGUACCGUGGUGAUGUGGUUGCCAAAGAUGUUAAUGCUGCCAUUGCCACCAUCAAGACCAAGCGCAGCAUCCAGUUUGUGGAUGGCUGUCCCACUGGUUUCAAGGUUGGCAUUAAUUACCAGCCUCCCACUGUGGCUCCUGGUGAAGACCUGGCCAAGGUACAGCGUGCUGUGUGCAUGCUGAGCAACACCACAGCCAUUGCUGAGGCCUGCGCUCACCUGGACCACAAGUUUGACCUGAUGUAUGCCAAGCGUGCCUUUGUCCACUGGUAUGUGGGUGAGGGGAUGGAGGAAGGAGAGUUUUCUGAGGCCCGUGAGGACAUGGCUGCCUUAGAGAAGGAUUAUGAGGAGGUUGGUGUGGAUUCUGUGGAAGACGAGGUGAGGAAGAAGGAGAGGGUACUAAUCACUCAUUCCUUUGACCCUGCAGCAUGCCAGGCUCCCAGAACUUCAGCUUCACCAUUAGCUGGCAGUCACUAA